AUGAGGCCAUCAGGUAUGGAUCAACCGGAGGAAAUAAUUGAGAAGCUCGAUCAAGAGAUUACUCUACAGCUGCAGCAGAUAGACUCCAAUUUAAGCUAUUGCUUCAACACGAUAACGAAGAAUAUUAUCCCCAAGGUGACGCGUUACGGUGCGAUAUGUGACGAUAUAAUGGACAGCGGGAACUGGUUAGGCACGAUGUUCCAGCAGACGGCUGCUGUCGAUUUGAAGCUGAACAAUCCGUUGGUGGUCGAGGAGCAGCUAGAUGCGAGCGGCACUGGAGCGAGCAAGGGUGCGCAGCCAGAGAGUCUUUUCCCCACCGCGGGCGGCCGCAAACUGGUCGAUUCGUCGGGUGAGUUGGCUAUACCUCCAUCCAACGCGUCCAUGAGUGAGGAUGACUUUCACACUGCAAAUGUGACCACGACCACGACAGGUCGGAUACUACGGUUGCCUUCCGAUUCUAGCGAGGAAGAGAAUGACGACGACAGUAAAAGAGUGGCCAGAGAGGCCGAUGGAAGCACGCUGCAAAGGCAAAGGCGCAAGCGGAAAGUCUCGCUGCUGCUGCAGAGAGAAUAUGGAUCAAGUUCUAGCAUGGGGCUGUCGCCUGUGCAUGUAAACUCCAAUAAGCUGCGGAACCCGGACGAGGAAGACGAUUCGUUGGGCAGCUCACCAAUGAAAGUGCACCAAGAUACCCAAGACGAGAGUACCAAGGAAGUCCCUGUCCCAGGAACGGUUAUACAUUUCGCCACAGCAUCGGGAUCAGGUGCAGGUGCAGCGUCUAACCUCUAG